AUGAUGGUGGACGACAUUGGUGACGUUACUGUGACCAACGAUGGAGCAACUAUUUUAAGCUUGCUAGAUGUGGAACACCCAGCAGGAAAGAUUCUCGUCGACCUAGCUCAUCAGCAGGAUAAGGAGGUCGGGGAUGGGACCACAUCUGUCGUACUCAUUGCCGCAGAGCUUCUUCGCCGAGCGAACGAAUUGAUGAAGAACCGGAUACACCCUACGACCAUUAUCACAGGGUAUAAACUAGCUCUACGCGAGGCGGUCAAAUAUAUGAACGAAAAUAUUAGCACCAAGGUUGAAAAUCUUGGAAGAGAUAGCUUGAUAAACAUUGCAAAGACAUCGAUGUCAAGCAAAAUCAUUGGAUCGGAUGCGGACUUUUUUGCAAACAUGGUGGUGGAUGCUAUACUAUCGGUCAAGACAACAACCCCAAGAAACGAAAUCAAGUAUCCUGUCAAGGCUGUGAAUGUUCUUAAAGCGCAUGGAAAGAGUGCCACGGAAUCCAUACUUGUCAAUGGUUACGCAUUGAACUGUACCGUCGCGUCCCAGGCCAUGCCCACUCGGAUUACGGACGCACGGAUUGCCUGUCUAGACAUGAACUUGCAGAAAGAGCGGAUGAAGCUCGGAGUUCAUAUCACAGUCGAUGACCCCACGCAACUUGAGAAGAUUCGGGAACGGGAAUCCGGCAUCGUCCUUGAGCGUGUGGAAAUGAUACUGAAGGCUGGUGCCAAUGUAAUCCUUACGACCAAAGGAAUUGAUGAUCUUUGCCUUAAAAUGUUUGUUGAAAGAGGCGCAAUGGCAGUCAGGAGAUGUAAAAAGGAAGAUUUGCGGCGUAUCGCGAAAGCUACGGGUGCUACCUUACUCAGUACCCUGUCAGAUCUUAAUGGCGAUGAAAAGUUUGAGCCGUCAAGUCUAGGUCGCGCAGACGAAGUUGUGCAGGAGCGAAUUUCCGACGAUGAAUGCAUUCUCAUCAAAGGAACCAAAUCCCAUACCUCAGCGUCGAUUAUCCUACGUGGAUCAAACGACUUUCAGCUAGAUGAAAUGGAACGAUCUGUCCAUGACUCUCUUUGUGCUGUCAAAAGAGCUCUCGAGAGCGGAAGUAUUGUGCCUGGAGGAGGUGCUGUGGAGACUGCGCUUCAUAUCUAUCUCGAGUAUUUUGCUCUCACCGUGAAUUCACGGGAGCAACAAGCAAUUGGCGAAUUUGCUCAGUCACUUCUUAUCAUUCCCAAAACGCUAUGUGUCAACGCAGCCAAAGAUUCCAUCGAACUUAUCUCCCAGCUUCGCCGCCGCCAUGCCAUCUCACAGUCUCGCGACGAGGGCAAAGCUACUGAAGAAGAGAAAGCUCUUGCAAAACGAAAGGCAUAUCAGAAUUAUGGACUUGAUUUGAUGAAGGGUAAAGUCGCUGAUACCUUGAAAGCAGGCGUCCUUGAGCCCAGCAUGAGUAAAGUUAAACAACUGAAGAGCGCAGUGGAAGCAUGCAUUGCUAUCAUGAGGAUUGAUACGUUGAUAAAGUUGGAUCCGGAACAAAAAGCGGAGGAUGAUGGGCAUGGCCACUAG